AUGGCCCUUCGGGCGUACUCAACUGUGGCUGUCGGUCUCGGCCUGCUCGCCAGGCCUACUACAGCUGCUGUCGACGGAGGAUGGUAUGCGCCGACCGGGUCCAAGGUCAACAAUCUCACGGAAGCUCUCCACGGCACGGGAACCUAUGGCUUCAUCUUUAACUCCUCACACACGCCGGAUGACCAGUAUGGCGUGUACAACUGGUGCAAUAUGCCCCAUGUGCGGAAGCAGGAGUACAUCAAGCCUGGUGACGAGUUCAAGCUUCAAUAUGUUGAAGUGAUCCAUCGCCACCACAAAAGAACACCCUACGCAUCAAAUGCGUUUCCCGUGGAGUCUUAUCAGUGGAACUGUGACGAACAAGGUCUCUACUACUACGGUGCGCCGCAUCAAGGACACGACGCCACCAGAGGUUAUUGGCAGGUCUUCAUCUCCCCCAUCAACCCUUUCGUGCCGUCUGGUUGGAUAGGAACCUGCCAGUUCCCCCAGAUCACCGCUGCCGGUCUCGACGACUCAUGGCAGCAUGGGGCCGACCUCUUCGGGGUGUACCAUGAUGUGCUGGGGUUUCUGCCUUCCAAGGAUCAGGACUACAAGUCCAAGGUUGCCUUCCGUGUGACGAACAACGUUAUCACGAGCCAGGUCGCAGGUAUGGUCAUCAACGGCAUGUGGGGUUCCACCGAGCCCUUCCCAUUGCGCAUCCAGGCGGCCAAUAUCGACAGCCUCGAGCCGCAGUAUAGCUGCAGCAAGGGAUCUAGCCUAUUCAACAGCAUCAAAUCCAACUCCAACCCCCAGUGGAAACUUCACCUCGACGAAGCCAAGGAGCUCUACGCCACUCUCGAUGACAUCUCCGGCGUCCCGGCCAACGAUGACGGUUUCCACGCUUCCUUUGACCAUUACUUCGACAACCUCUCGGCUCGUCAGUGCCAUGAUAAGCCGCUACCUUGCAAGCUUGUCGAUGGCGCCAACAGCACGACAUGUGUGACCCAGGAGCUUGCCAACACAGUCUACCGACUUGGAAACUGGGAGUAUAGCCAGAUGUACCGCGACAGCUCUGACUCGCUGCGGGCCACAUCCGCCACCUGGGGCGUCUGGGUCAGGGAGCUCGCCGCACACCUCAGAACCGUCAUCGAAGGCAAAGACAGCCCCAUCUACUUCCACAACAUAGCGCACGACGGAUCGGUCUCGCGACUUCUGUCCAUCCUGCAGCUCGACGCCAUGGUCUGGCCCGGCAUGGGUUCCGAGGUGGUCUUUGAGCUGUACAAGAAACAGGACGACUCUCCGAAGCCCACCUCGACCGUCAUCGCUCCCGACUGUAGCCACAACAACUGCCUCAGGCAGGUGAUCCGCGAGUCCGAGUCGGCCAAGGCCCUCUGCGCAACCUUCACCACCAGCUCGGUGACGGAGCGCCCUACAUGGCCCUCGAACUGCCGGGACGCGGAUCAGGUGUCUUCGGCCUGCUCCUGCGUAUACGCGAGCUCAGUGGCCCCCACCGCCACCGCUACGGCAGCACCUUCGGCCACCCCCUCCCAGAGUGAGAGCGGGUACUACUUGCGAGUUCUGUUCGGUGGCAAGGUUUUCAAGUCAUCAAACCCUACGUUGGGGGUGAUGGACAUGAUUCCUGUUGAGACACUACUGGAAUACAUCGACGCGGUGGUCGGGAAAGAUGCAAGCGUCGUUAAAAGCAAGUGCGAUGGCUCCACGCCGCUGUGA